GGAUCGAGGCGGGGAGCGGAGCCGUAGCGGCGGGGCCGGAGCGGAUCGCGGCGCGAUGCAGAAAUACGAGAAGCUGGAGAAGAUCGGGGAAGGCACCUACGGGACCGUGUUCAAGGCCAAGAACCGGGAGACGCACGAGAUCGUGGCGCUGAAGCGGGUGCGGCUGGAUGAUGACGACGAGGGAGUGCCCAGCUCGGCGCUGCGGGAGAUCUGCCUGCUCAAGGAGCUCAAGCACAAGAACAUUGUCAGGCUCCACGACGUCUUGCACAGUGACAAGAAGCUCACCCUGGUCUUUGAGUUCUGCGAUCAGGACCUGAAGAAGUAUUUUGACAGCUGCAAUGGGGACCUGGACCCAGAGAUCGUCAAGUCGUUCAUGUACCAGCUGCUGAAGGGCCUCGCGUUCUGCCACAGCCGCAACGUCCUGCACCGAGACCUCAAACCCCAGAACCUGCUCAUAAACAGGAAUGGGGAGCUCAAACUGGCUGACUUUGGCCUGGCCCGGGCCUUUGGCAUCCCUGUGCGCUGUUACUCGGCAGAGGUCGUCACGCUGUGGUAUCGGCCCCCAGACGUGCUCUUCGGCGCCAAGCUCUACUCCACCUCCAUCGACAUGUGGUCAGCCGGCUGCAUCUUCGCAGAGCUGGCCAAUGCGGGGCGGCCCCUGUUCCCGGGGAAUGACGUGGAUGACCAGCUGAAAAGGAUCUUCCGGCUGCUGGGAACCCCCACGGAGGAGCAGUGGCCGGCCAUGGCCAAACUGCCCGACUACAAGCCAUACCCCAUGUACCCGGCCACCACCUCCCUGGUCAAUGUGGUGCCGAAGCUGAACGCGACCGGCCGGGACCUGCUGCAGAACCUGUUGAAGUGCAACCCGGUGCAGCGGAUAUCGGCAGAGGAAGCUCUCCAGCACCCCUACUUCACAGACUUCUGCCCCCCAUAAGGACUCCAGACACCCACCCAGCCCCACACUGAGUGGGGGGCAGCACCCAGCUCCCAGCACGCUCCCGGCAGUGGUGGGGAGGGGACAGCCCCCCAAGGCAGCUGGGGGGAUGUGAGGUGAGGAGCAAGGUGCCGGCACCCCAGAAAUGCAGCCCCCCAUUCCCCUUGCCCCGUAUUUAUUAGGUUUUUAACUCAACACCGCCCCGGCUGUGGGAUGCUGGAGUGGCCCGCCCAGCCCUAUGGUGUGGCUGGGGCUACCCCUGGGGCUGCCCCCAAGCGCAUGGAGUCCCCCCGGGGAUGCGGGACCAUGGUGAUGGUGGAGGGGCAGGACCCUCUGGGACCAGGCAUGGGGACCCCGGGGUGGGGGGGGGGGUGGGACCCCUCACCUCUUCUCUCUGUGCUCCCUCUGAGCCCCACCCCUGGCAUGGUGGGGGUCCCGGGUGCCAGCUCCCCUGGGAACCGUGGGGGACACCCCAUUUCUUUUCUACCGUGCUGCUGUACGUGGGUGAUUGUGCGUGUUUGUUACCUCCAUAAAGAGCUUCCCCCUUCCCAA